CUCUUUCGCUGUAACCCUCCCCAAGGGUUUAUCUCUCCGAUGAUGCGAAGGCUAGUAAUCUCCUCUCUCCUCCGCUCUACAUCCUCCUUCCAUCUAUCAAAAACCCCACCAGAAAGUUCCAAACUUUUCACUCAUCUCUCAACCUUCCCUCCAAAACCAAUCAACAACCCCUUCUCCACUCUCUUAUCCCCAUCAAUCCAAAACCUCCACGAAGCAGCGCGAACACACGGAUCCAACCACGCCGUGGGACUCCUCCACGAAGCCAUAACAUCAAACCCAAACCCUUACAACGAUCUCGAAACAGCCUUAACUCAAACCGGCGUCGUUUUAACAACCCCAAUAGUCUCCAAACUCCUCCAGAGGCUCCAAUUCGAUGAGAAGACAGCUUUCCGUUUCUUCACAUGGGCAGGACAACAACAACAACAACAACACUACUCACACGAAGCUUCCACUUACAACGAGAUGAUCGAGAUCUUGUCUAGCACAAAGUACAAAAACAAACAGUUCAGAAUCAUCAUCGACAUGCUCGAUUACACGAAACGUAACAACAAAACAACCGUUCCGACAGAAGUCAUGUUAGAGAUUUUAAGAAAGUACUGCGAGAGGUAUUUGACUCACGUUCAGAAGUUUGCUAAACGGAAACGGAUUAGAGUCAAGACGCAGCCUGAGGUCAACGCUUUGAACAUGGUUAUCGACGCGUUGUGUAAGUGUGGGCUCGUGAAAGAAGCUGAAGGUUUGGUUAAACGGAUGAGGUUUAAGGUGAAACCCGAUGAGAAUACAUACAACGUGUUGUUUUUCGGGUGUUGUAGAGUUAGGGAUCCGAAGAAGGCGAUGAGGCUGCUCGAGGAGAUGAUUGGAAGUGGGUUUAAGCCGGAGAAUUUCACUUACUGUGCUGCUAUUGACGCGUUUUGUCAAGCGGGGAUGGUGGAUGACGCGGCGGAGUUGUUUGAGUUUAUGGUUACUAAAGGCUCUGCUGUUUCUGCUCCCACGGCGAGGACUUUUGCGUUGAUGAUUGUGGCGUUGGCUAAGGAGGGUAGAGAGGAGGAGUGUUUUGAGUUGGUGGGGCGGAUGAUGAGUAUGGGGUGUUUACCUGAUGUGUCGACUUAUAAGGAUGUGAUUGAAGGGAUGUGUGAGGCUGGGAAGGUGGAGGAAGCGUAUAGGUUUUUGGAUGUGAUGAGUUGUAAAGGGUAUCCACCUGAUGUAGUUACUUAUAAUUGUUUUCUUCGGGUGUUGUGUGAGAGUAAGAAGAGUGAUGAAGCGGUUAAGCUUUAUGGGAGGAUGGUGGAGACGAGGUGUGUUCCUAGUGUUCAGACGUAUAAUAUGUUGAUAUCUAUGUUUUUUGAGAUGGAUGAUCCUGAUGGUGCGUUUAAUACGUGGAGGGAGAUGGAUGAGAGGGGUUGUGGUCAGGAUAUUGAGACUUAUUGUGCUAUGGUUAAUGGGCUUUUUGAUUGUCGUAGGGAGAAAGAGGCGUGUUUUCUUUUGGAAGAGGUUGUGAACAAGGGGAUGAAGCUGCCUUAUAGAGCGUUUGACUCUUUUUUGAUGCGUUUGUCUGAGGUUGGGAAUAUUAAGGUGAUACAUAAGGUUUCUGAACAUAUGAAGAAGUUUUAUAAUCAUAGUAUGGCGAGGCGUUUUGCGCUUAGUGAGAAGAGGAAAAGUACAAAACUCAGAGGGAAGUAAUGGGCAAUGGGAACCAUACUCAAGAGGCAGCGAAUGCAAAUGUUCUGGGAGGAGCUCUUUCCAGAUGAUGAUCCCCUUGUGAAGUUUGGUUUGAUAACUGUCCCCAAUUCUGGACCAAAGAUUCACUCUCUCAGAAGCAAUGAGACCUUAUCAAGGUGAGUUGUGUAAUGGUUAUGUUAACCAGCUCUAAAGUUAUUGUAAUGACUAUUGCUUACAUAUAGAACGGGUUGUUUGUAUAAUGGUUAGCAUUACAUUAUGUAAGGUGAGAGGUUUGCUUUCUUCAUGAUUCAUAGCUAUUCUUCAUCUUUUCAUGUGAGAGGUUCUUAUAACAAUAUGAUGGCUUGGCUUCUUUGUUCUGCUAAGGUAAAGAAGGUUUCACCAGUUUCUGGUUAACGGUCGGUUUGAGUCUCUGUAAAUAUUAGGAAAACCGAUCUGGUAUACUACUGGAUAAGUGCAAUCAGGACCCGGUUUAGAUAUAUGGGUCUUUCUUGAAUAAACCAAUGUUUUGUUUAGUUAUAUGAU